UAAGACGCGCGAGAGGAAGUCCACGUGAGCGUGUUGCUAAGAGAGUUUUGCAGACUUUUUUUUUUUACUGUAGCAUUUCUUUUCACUCGGAGUGAAUAUGGCGACAUACCGGAAGAAGGUUGAUAAUCGGAUUCGUGUCCAGAUCGAGAAUGGAGUCGCACAGCAGUAUCGCACAAUGUUUGUUAUAGUUGGUGAUCACGGAAGAGACCAGGUUGUUAUCCUGCACCACAUGCUCUCCAAGGCCGCAGUGCGAGCACGACCCUCAGUCCUGUGGUGUUACAAGAACGAGCUUGGCUUCAGCAGUAACCGUAAGAAACGCAUGCGGCAAUUGCAGAAAAAGAUUAAAACAGGCACCUUGAACCUCAAACAGGAUGAUCCUUUUGAGCUUUUCAUCGCCGCCACCAAUAUCCGUUACUGUUACUACAACGAAACUCACAAAAUUCUGGGCAACACCUAUGGCAUGUGUGUUCUACAGGACUUUGAGGCUUUAACUCCGAACCUGCUGGCUCGCACUAUUGAAACAGUGGAAGGUGGUGGUAUUGUGGUCAUAUUGCUGAGGACCAUGAAGUCACUGAAGCAGCUGUACACCAUGGCAAUGGAUGUCCAUUCUCGCUACAGGACAGAGGCACAUCAAGAUGUUGUGGGAAGAUUCAAUGAACGAUUCAUACUGUCUCUUUCCUCCUGCAAGACCUGCGUAGUGACUGACGAUCAACUCAACGUUCUGCCAAUCUCCAAGCACAAUGCGACCAUCAAACCUGUGCCACCUAAAACGCAGGAUGAUGCUCUGCUGCCACAGGAGCAGGAACUGAUGGACCUAAAAGAAUCAAUGCAAGACACACAGGUAGUGGGUACUUUAGUAGACUGCUGUAAAACAAUGGACCAGGCCAAAGCUGUGUUGAAGUUCAUUGAAGCGAUUUCGGAAAAGACUCUAAGGAGCACAGUAGCGCUCACCGCCUCCAGAGGACGGGGAAAGUCUGCGGCACUUGGAUUAGCUAUCGCUGGGGCUGUUUCGUUUGGCUAUUCCAACAUAUUUGUCACAUCGCCCAGCCCGGACAAUUUGCACACGUUAUUUGAGUUCAUCUUCAAAGGCUUGGAUUUGCUUCACUACCAGGAACAUCUGGAUUAUGAAAUUGUUCAGUCUUUGAACCCUGAGUUUAAUAAAGCUGUGGUCAGAGUUAACAUCUUUAAGGAACAUCGCCAGACCAUUCAGUACAUCCACCCUGCUGAUGCUGUCAAGUUGGGUCAGGCAGAGUUGGUGGUCAUUGAUGAGGCUGCCGCUAUCCCUUUGCCUCUGGUGAAAAGCCUGCUUGGGCCUUAUCUUGUGUUCAUGGCUUCUACAAUCAAUGGGUAUGAAGGCACAGGGCGCUCUCUUUCUCUCAAACUGAUUCAGCAGCUGCGGCAGCAGAGCGCAGACAGCCAACAGAGUCUCUCGGCUGAAAACAGAACCACAAGCACAGCCAGACUAGCUUCAGCACGCACGCUCCAUGAGGUUUCUCUCCAAGAGUCUAUUCGAUACGCUCAGGGAGAUCCUGUGGAAAAAUGGUUGAAUGAACUCCUGUGUCUGGACUGCUUAAGUGUGCCGCGCAUCAUUUCAGGCUGUCCGUUGCCUGAAACUUGCGAUCUGUAUUAUGUGAACCGGGACACUCUUUUCUGUUACCACAAAGCAUCCGAAGCCUUCCUCCAGCGUCUUAUAGCACUCUAUGUUGCGUCUCACUAUAAAAAUUCCCCCAAUGACUUACAGAUGCUGUCAGAUGCUCCAGCUCACCAUCUUUUCUGCUUGCUGCCUCCUGUUCCACAAACACACAACUCUCUGCCAGAAGUCCUAGCAGUUGUACAGGUGUGUUUGGAGGGGGAGAUUUCCCAGCAAUCAAUCCUCCACAGCUUGUCCAGAGGGAAGAAAGCUGCUGGAGACCUCAUCCCGUGGACUGUAUCGGAGCAGUUUCAAGAUUCUAAGUUUGGGAGCCUCUCGGGUGGAAGGGUGGUGCGAAUUGCAGUGAACCCUGACUACCAGGGAAUGGGUUAUGGGACACGUACUCUGCAGCUCCUGCAGCAAUACUAUCAGGGAGAGUUUCCUCUCUUGGAUGACAAGCAGCCAACCCCAUGUGCAUUCAACUCUGUCAGCAGUGAGGCCAUGAGCCUUUUAGAAGAGGUUGUGUCUCCUCGAACGGAUCUGCCGCCCCUCUUGUUGAAGCUGAAUGAGAGGACUGCAGAAAGACUGGACUACUUGGGUGUCUCAUAUGGCCUCACACCUCAGCUGCUCAAAUUCUGGAAAAAGGCUGGAUUUGUUCCAGUGUAUUUAAGACAAACUCCGAAUGACCUGACAGGGGAGCACUCCUGUAUAAUGCUGAAGGAACUGAACACGGAUGAUUCAGCAGAACAAAGUCAGUGGCUGCCAGCAUUCUGGAAGGAUUUCCGACGGAGAUUCCUCUCGCUGCUCUCCUACCAGUUUAGCAUUUUCAGCCCUACGUUAGCUUUAAAUGUACUGCAGAACAAGAACAUCAAGGACGACAGGCCAACAACACUAACAGAUGCAGAACUAGCAACCCAGUUCACCCCAUAUGAUCUGACUCGUUUGGAAAUGUACUCCCGAAACAUGGUUGACUACCACCUGAUUAUGGACAUGGUGCCUGCUAUAGCACGGAUGUUCUUCCUCAAACAACUCGGAGAUAUCUCGCUGUCUGUAGCACAGUCCGCUCUACUCUUGGGACUUGGUUUGCAGCACAAAUCUAUAGAUAAUCUAGAGAAAGAGAUUAAGCUGCCCAGCUCUCAACUCAUGGGCCUGUUCAACCGUCUCAUGCGUAAAGUCGUCCAGUUGUUUAAUACUAUCCAGGAGAAGGCAGUCGAGGCAGAGAUGGUUCCCAUCAAGGACAUUGACAUGGAACCGACCGCUCAGGCUCUGCACAAAGAAUUGGAUGAGGCUGCAAAAGCAUUCCAAGAGAAACACAAGGAAGACAUGAUGAAGAUUAAAGGUAUGGAUCUUUCCGAGUACAUGAUUCGAGGUGAUGAUGAAGAAUGGUCUCAAGUGCUGAAGAAAGCUGGAGACACAGCAAUAGUGAGCAUCAAGAGUGAUAAGAAACGCAAAUUGGAAGGGGAAAACAAGAAAGGGUGGCAAGGCAAGAAAAUGAAGAAAAAUGACAAGAAAAAGGGCAAAAUUGGAAGGAAGGCAUAAUUACUAUACAGUGAUUUUUGUUGCCUACUUUUUUUUUUUCUUCAAUUAAUUGCGCGUUUAUCAAUACUGAACUUUGCAUCACAAGUGUAACAAUGCUAGAUUUGAACUCACAACCUUCUGAACAGUAAUACAAAUCCUUAACCUGUCAGUAUCACUGUGUCGAGUUUGCUCACGUGUGUAUGAAAGGACUGGCCUGAAUCAGUGUAGUGCAUGCCUUUUUUUUUUUUUUAAUUGUGCUGUGUAUGAACAGGAUACAGUGCUUGAUGAUAUGAUCUCUCACAUGAAUGUACAGCGAUUAUAUAUAUUUUUUUAUUUUCUUGUUUCAUUUUGGAUUUACUCCUUGCAAAAAUGACAGCCUGCUGAAGUGUAUUGCAGCAUUUAAAAAAAAUGUAAUUCCUGUAAUGUAUGCUAUAGUACAUUUUUCUGUAUAAUGAAGAGGUACUAUGUUCUCGUUUUGCAGUCAAAUGUUUGUGUGAAAAUCGAAGUUAAAUUUAUAUAUUUGGUGGUUAGUUUUUGUUUUUUUUAAUAUGAAAAAGUUUACGUAGUAUUGAGGAGUGUGUGGAAGUAAUUGUUUAAAAAAAACCUGCAAACAAUAGGCGAUUUUGCUAAAAAUUUUUCAUACUCCAGUGUUAUAACAGUCAAAUACCCUCUACGUGAGUAAAUAUCAUUUAAUAAAAGAAUCACAAUACAA